GCGCGUCGCGUCGCGGGCGUCACGUAACGGCGUCGCGCAGUGACGUCACUCUAACAUGUCGCCAGCGCUGGCGGCGGACCUCUUCGGUCUCCCGGUUGAGAUGGAGCAAAGUUUAUCCAAACGACGGGAAGUUGACCUCGGAUCCCGUUAAAACCGACAUCCAGAAACAUUUCCCGCGAACAUAAGCGACACACGCGUACUGAGGACAACAUGGAAGAAAAACAGCCCUGUUUUGAUAAGACGCUAACGCCAGCUUGCAUGACCGGGUGCUGUUUUGACAGCUCGUUAAUUAAUGUGCGUUAACUACAGUUUAUAGUUAACGAUGCUAAACUAUCAGUUUCCGAGACAUAUAUGUAUUUAGUUGACUCGUGAACGUGCUGCUGGUUUUUGUAGCUGCGACCCCGUCAGUCAGAAACGCCGCGUGACGUCACUGCUAUUUGAGCCACAACAAGUGUUUUUAAUGGCCACACAAUGAAGGCUCAGCUUCAGAUAACAGUUCUGUCUGCUAAGCUUCGGGACAGUAAGAAGAAUUGGUUUGGGCCCAGUCCUUAUGUAGAGGUGUGUGUGGACGGCCAGUCCAAGAAGACGGAGAAAUGCACCAACACUCACAGUCCCAAAUGGAAACAGUCUCUCACGGUGAUCGUCACCCCUUUCAGCAAGUUAAUUUUCCGGGUUUGGAGUCACCAGACGCUUAAAUCUGACAUUUUGCUGGGCACGGCCACUCUGGAGGUCAGCGAGACCCUAAAAGCCAACAAUCUGAAGAUCUGUGAGGUGGUGCGGACGCUGCAGCUGAGUUCAGAGCGAGAGCGCUCGGAGAUGGUUGGAGAUCUCUCGGUGUGUCUCGACGGACUGCAGGUGGAUCCCGAGACUUUUGCUUCCGAGGAACGAAAGCACAAUGCUGCUGUAAAUGGAGAAUCUAAAGUGAACGGGGAUGUAGCAGGAAGGUAACAUAAACACUCUUCCCCAUGCAGUGACAUCACUGACGAAGCACCGCUGCCCAACGGUCAUGCAGCCGAAAAUACGGGGUCUGCCUCUCCAUCCGCAGGGGCUCUGAGACCACCCCGGCCAGCUCGCCCCCUGCGUCCGCCGCCCGCCUCGCCCCAUAAACCUACUUCCUCCACAGCGUCCUCUGCAGGCUCGAGUCCCACUCACGGCAGCAGCGCUCCCAGCCCAGAAACAUCUCCACGGGUGUGUGUGAACGGAGAAAGCGAGAGUCAGGGGUCAAGCUCGGGUUCAGGGUCAAACCAGGCCCCGAGGGUCAGUCCAGCGCCUCCCAGAGCUCCACUGAUCAGUAACGGCCCUCUUCCUCCUGGCUGGGAGCAGAGAGUGGAUCAGAACGGCCGUGUUUACUACGUGGAUCACAUUGAGAAAAGAACCACAUGGGAAAGACCAGAACCGCUGCCACCAGGCUGGGAGCGUCGCUUGGACCCGAUGGGCCGUGUGUACUACGUGGAUCAUAUAAACAGAACCACCACCUGGCAGAGACCCACAGACGAGUCGGUCCGGAACUACGAGGAGUGGCAGAACCAGCGCAGUCAGCUGCAGGGAGCCAUGCAGCGCUUCAACCAGAGGUUCAUCUACGGACUGCAGGAACAGCUCGCGCCGACAGCUAAUAAAGAGUUUGACCCUCUGGGUCCUCUGCCGCCGGGAUGGGGUGAGUCACCGCGCUUUCAUUUAAGGCUGUAUUUUGUUCACCAUCCUACGAGAUCCACACAGUGGGAAGACCCUCGAACACAAGGGUUGCUGAAUGAGAAGCCUCUGCCGGAGGGUUGGGAGAUGAGGUUCACGGUGGACGGGAUUCCCUAUUUCGUCGAUCACAGCAGGCGAACAACGACAUACAUCGAUCCCCGGACAGGAAAAUCCUCCCUCGAGAACGGCCCUCAGAUCACAUACGUACGAGACUUUAAAGCCAAAGUGCACUAUUUCCGCUUCUGGUGUCAGCAACUAGCAAUGCCUCAGCACAUUAAGAUCCACGUCAGCCGCAAAACACUGUUCGAGGACUCGUUUCAGCAGAUUAUGAGCUGCCAUCAACAACAUAUAAGAAGAAUACUGUAUAUUAUUUUCCCGGGGGAGGAGGGGCUUGACUAUGGAGGCGUGGCCAGGGAAUGGUUCUUCCUGCUGUCUCACGAGGUCUUGAACCCCAUGUACUGUCUGUUCGAGUACGCCGGCAAAGACAACUACUGCCUGCAGAUUAACCCCGCCUCCUUCAUCAACCCCGACCACCUCAAAUACUUCAAGUUCAUUGGCCGCUUCAUCGCUAUGGCUCUGUUUCACGGCAAGUUCAUAGACACGGGCUUCUCUUUGCCUUUUUAUAAACGCAUCCUGAACAAACCUCUGGCUCUGAAAGACCUGGAGUCCAUCGACCCGGAGUUUUACAACUCGCUCAUCUGGAUCAAGGAUAAUAAUAUCGAGGAAUGUGGCUUGGAGAUGUUUUUCUCGGUCGAUAAGGAGAUUUUGGGAGAAGUCACCACACAUGAACUCAAGCCUGAUGGAGGAAACAUUCAGGUGACGGAGGAAAAUAAAGAGGAGUAUAUCAGGUUGGUUGCUGAGUGGAGGCUGUCUCGAGGGGUUGAGGAGCAGACGCAGGCGUUUCUCGAGGGCUUUAAUGAAGUCUUGCCGCAGCAGUACCUGCAGUACUUCGAUGCCAAAGAGCUGGAGGUGAUGCUGUGUGGGAUGCAGGAGAUCGAUCUGGGCGACUGGCAGAGGAGCACCAUCUACAGACACUACGCUCGCAGCAGCAAACAGAUCGUCUGGUUCUGGCAGUUUGUGAAGGAGAUCGACAACGAGAAGCGCAUGCGUCUGCUGCAGUUUGUGACCAGCACGUGCCGACUUCCUGUCGGGGGAUUCGCUGACCUCAUGGGGAGCAACGGGCCGCAAAAGUUCUGUGUUGAGAAAGUGGGGAAAGAAAACUGGCUGCCAAGGAGCCACACAUGCUUUAACCGUCUGGAUCUGCCGCCCUAUAAAAGCUACGAGCAGUUAAAGGAGAAGCUGCUGUUUGCCAUCGAGGAAACGGAAGGCUUCGGUCAGGAGUGAAGCGUGGACACUUUCAUCAGCUUUCAGUGUCAUGUCGAACCGCUGCUGCUGCUGCUACGAGGGAGAAACUGUGUCUCCAUUAGCUUAGGUUUUCUGACCGUCCUCUUCUGAGUCAGUGAUGGAUGCACAGCGAUGCAGCGCCCCGCGGAUGCAUGGAUGGUGUCCGAAUGAGUCUCAUCUGUCAUGUGUACAUGACACAGUCUCAUACGGUUUUUUUAUUGCCACUGCAGAUCUGUACCUUCAUGCAAACAUGGGUUUAAUAAUUAAAAAAGGUUGCAGUUGCAACAGGUCAUAUUUCACCUCCAAAUCAAGAGAGGUUGAAAUAUUAUUCUGCAUGAAGAAAAUUAAUAGUUUCAUGAAAAUCGAGCACAUUUUCCCUUGAAAUGAACUUAUGCAAGAAAAUCCCAUUCUCUGCUGAAAAAAAAAAACAUUUUAUGUUCUUCAUGCAAAAUAUAAUUUAUUUUGAUUUCUGGUGAUGCUUAGUAAGCGUGUGUGUGUGUGUAUACAGUUUGUGCACAUAUGGUUGGAUGAACAUAAAGCAAUAGCCCAUAAAUGGCUUCUAAUGCCAUCGGCACAUAAUUAAAAUAUUCACUUUCUCAUCAAUCUUCAACUCACGGAGCACUUAACAGACGCGAUAAUGUUAUCUGUGUCAGUCGUAUCAGAUCUGCAGCUAGAAAUCUUGAUCCUUUUAUACCUUUAAUGUGAAAAAAACAAUAUUUGUGGGAGGAAUUAGUGCAAAACUAAAGAAAGCGUGCUUUAUUUUGGGCAAAAUAAUUGCCAUUAUUUUUAUUGCCACUGCAGAUCUGUACCUUCGUGCACACAUGGGUUUAAUAAUUAAAAAAGGUGCGGUUUAUUAGUGAGUAGCUAAUAUGAAACAUGCAACAGGUCAUAUUUCACUUCUGAAUCAAGAGAAGUAGAAAUAUUAUUCUGCAUGAAGAAAAUUAAAAGUUUCAUGAAAAUCGAGCACAUUUUCCCUUAAAAUUAACUUAUGCAAGAAAAUCCCAUUCUCUGCUGAAAAAAAAAACAUUUUAUGUUCUUCAUGCAAAAUAUUAUUUCUUUUGAUUUCAGGUGAUGCUCAGUAAGCAUGUGUGUGUGUGUAUACAGUUUAUGCACAUAUGGUUAGAUGAACAUAAAGCAAUAGCCCAUAAAUGGCUUCUAAUGCCAUCGCCACAUAAUUAAAAUAUUCACUUUAUCAAUCUUCAACUCAUGGAGCACUUAACAGACGCGAUAAUGUUAUCUGUGUCAGUCUUAUCAGACCUGCAGCUAGAAAUCUUGAUCCUUUUAUACCUUUAAUGUGAAAAAAACAAUAUUUGUGGGAGGAAUUCGUGCAAAACUAAAGAAAGCGUGGUCUAUUUUGGGGAAAAUAAGGUCUGGGUGUGUUUUCGAGAUGUUGCAGCAUUUGGUUGACAUUAUUUGUUGUUAUAAAAUCAUGCAUAUUCUGUUCAUUUCAAAGAUUUAGCUUCUUAUUCAGAAGCUUAUUCAGAAGAGAUUGUGAUUGUGAUGUGCAUGAGUUUGAUUCUCUAACAGAGGGUUUAGAUCGUGAUGAACUGAAUCCGUCGGGUUGAGAUGCUACAGGGCACUUUAUUUCACAUCAUGUUAUCUUAUUAUUAGCAGACUGUUUGGAUUUAAAGUGAAGUGACAGAGAUGAUGUUACCUCUUUAUUUUCUUAACGCUGUAAAUCAUGUGAUCAACACGUUAACAUCAGUUAGGCUGGAUUCAGUGAUUUGAAUUAUAUUUAUUUUUCUUAAGUGAAUGUGUACAGUUGGAUGAUUAAUAUAAAAACACCAAUUUAUUCUCAGCUGAAGGAAUAAAAAACAAAAAAUCAUUAAAAAA